GGCACCUUCCUUUGGUUAUCAUUGUAAAAUAUUCGUCAACCCACCAUAAUGUUCUGCAAACUUCUUCUGGUCCUGCUGGUAGCUGCAAGCUAUGCUGAGGAAUUCGAGAACGAUAUACCCGAGAAAUGCAAGGCGGUGUCCGUCACCCCCGUAGGCUGCCCGUUCCCGUCGAGCGACGGCCUGCGUCCGCACCCGGACGCCUGCGACCUGUUCUACUACUGCCCGCCGGGCCACGUGGCGCCCAUCUGCCGGCAGUGUCCGGCCGGGCUGCACUUCAACCCGGACACGCAUGUCUGUGAUCACCCGGACCGCUCUGGAUGCCAUAAAUAGUUUGUCAACCUAGUACUGGAUACCUAAUA